GACGGAAAGAGUUAUUUGUAUCUAUUUUGAAAAUAAAACGGCUUAAUAAUUCCCAGUCACUGCCCAUCACCCGUAUCAGCUCAGAACUUCAAAUCGGCAAUGGCGUCUUCAUUUCUCCGAAUAUCACCACUCCCCCCACUCAAAACCCUAGCAAAACCCUGCCAUUUCUCCUCCUUAACUCCCCCAUUACCUCCAUCUCUCAAAACCCCCAUACAGAAAACCCACCUCCCCCACCUCACCACCACCCGUAUGUCCUACAAUCCAACCCCCGCCACAGAUCGCUUAAUCUCAGCCGUCGCUUACACUCUCCCGUUCUUCAACUCUCUCCAAUACGGUCGCUUCCUUUUCACCCAAUACCCAUCUCUCGGUAUUCUAUUCGACCCGCUAAUCCCCCUCCUAAGCCUCUAUAGAUCGGUCCCUUACGCUAGUUUUGUAGCGUUUUUUGGUCUUUAUUUGGGUGUUGUUAGAAACCCUAGCUUUAGUCAUUAUGUUCGGUUUAAUUCUAUGCAGGCGGUUACUUUGGAUGUUCUUUUGGUGAUUCCUUUGCUCUUGGCGAGGAUUUUUAAUCCGGGUCGGAGUGGGUUAGGGUUUAAGCUGAUGGUUUGGGGGCAUAAUGCCGUUUUUUUGUUUAGUUGUUUUUGUUUUGUUUAUGGGUUGGUGAGUUCUGUUUUGGGUAAGACUCCUUAUUUGCCUUUUGUUGGUGAAGCUGCUGGUAGGCAAAUUUAGAGUUUUUUUGCACAGGUAUUCUCCUUUCUCAUCUGGGGCAGCACCCAAGUGAAGGCCGUUUAUCUGUGACCAUAAACUUUGCUGGCUUGAGCAGUCGGUAGAUAGAAUUGGUUCAGCUCCAUCUCUGACAACUUUAAGGCACAGAUUAGUUCCGCUCCGCUGAACUGAAUAGGAGACCGAUCUCCGGAAUGUAUCCAACGAUACGGAGAGUCACAACUGGUUGCAUAUAUUAACUUCAUGUCGUCUGUGUGCAUACAGCUUCCACUUUGCGGAUGGAACAUUAUGUAUGAUGGGAAUGAUCUUGAUCUAGGUUCUGCAUAUCUUACAAGACAGUAAGUGAGUUUGUAUUAGUUGAACCUUAAUCAAAUAUAAAAUCAAAUUAGAGCUCUUAAAGCUUGUUCUUAAUAUAACUGGGGAUCUCAAGGCGUGAACCGGGGGUUUAGCCGAGACAAGUCAACUCGAGAACUAUUUGGGAUUAACUCGAAAAAUGCUAACUGACUCGUUUAUAAUCGAGUUGAGCUAGACUUUUUCUAUGUAAUAUAAAUAUAGAUAUAUGCAUGUACAGUAGUAUUUUAGUUUUUAUACUAAAGUUUAAUUUUUACA